AUUCAGCAAUGUUUUGCACAAGAAAUGUCAGCCAGAAAGGGCUAUCUUCAUCCUCCGUCAAAUUAUACCACAACGAUGACAUGCCCCAACAACCAAGCUGGAAAUUCGUUUUUCGUGGACUCCUUAAUCAACGUGAGAACCGACAGCGGUUCAUAUUACCAGAGUAACGGGGUGUAUUUGCCACCGGCGUCGGAAUAUUCAUAUGGACUCUCCGGUGGCUCUUGUUUCCCGGGGAUCGGUAAGCGCAACGAGCCAAGCACCCAAAGCGUGAUCCCGUCUUCUGCUCCGUAUGUUCAGGGGAUGGAAACGUGGCUGGAAACGUCGAGAUCCUGCCGGGUGGAUCAGCCCAGCGGCCAGCAUAUGGCUCAGUGUUCAUUCUCACCGAAUAUAAAAGAGGAGAGCGCCUAUUGCCUUUAUGAGUCUGACAAAUGCCCUAAAGGAGCAACAGUAGAUGACAUUUCCUACUCGUCUGCAUCAUGCCCGGUUACCGGCACAUCUUUGCCAGUCCCCGGCUACUUCCGCCUGUCUCAGACAUAUGCGUCCUCCAGGCUUUACCAUGAUGUCCAGCCAAACAUGAAUCAAUUUACUCUGCAACGUCCUACCCGCGUGGACAGCCAGUCUUCUCAGCCUCAGACUGCCUCUGCUGAGCCGGAGCGCAGGGAGAGCCACGAGGAGGCGCCUGUCCCUGCGCCCUGCGCCCCGGCCGGAGAGGAGGACAGCCGCCUCUCCUCAGAAAGCUCAUCUUCCCCUGAACCCGCUGAGACUUGCAGCGCGGAGUGUCCAGAAAAGCCCGUCAAAGGGGAUGGAAAAAUGGAAAGCACGGCCAACUGGCUCACAGCUAAGAGUGGCCGAAAGAAGCGCUGCCCCUACACCAAGCACCAGACUCUGGAGCUGGAGAAGGAGUUUCUCUUCAACAUGUACUUGACUAGGGAGCGUCGUCUGGAGAUCAGCCGCAGUGUGCACCUCACUGACAGGCAAGUCAAAAUCUGGUUCCAAAACAGGAGGAUGAAACUGAAAAAAAUGAGCCGGGAGAAUAGGAUCCGAGAGCUCUCCAGCAACUUCAGUUUCUCUUGAGACUGUCUGCGUCUUUGGCGCCCUCCUCCAUCCAUGGCAAGGGCGCCUGUGCAGAGCCUCCCAACCCAACUGUGAGAAUGUCCAUGGAAAAUAGGACCCUACUGCUAACUUAUUGAUUGUUGUUCUUUCUAAUUUUCACGUCUGUUUUAUUUUUUGUCGUGGAUAUGUAUUUAUAAAUGGCUACAUUUGUAAAGUUGUGUUGAAACUGUUCAGAAUGUGACCACAAUGUUUCAGAGCUUCAGGCUUGUACAUAUUGUAUAGUCAACCUGAGUGAACCAUUGGAAUUUGCAUGCUGGACCAACCCUUGGGAUACUUGUGUUACAGUUACAUGUAGACCUUUAUGUGACAGCUAAGGAGCCCAAGAGGUCUGAUGAAUAUUUGCACAUUUUGCUGGUCAAAUUAAUAAAACCAU